AUGAUGAUUUCGAACCUGACACAUCACGAGGACACACCUUCAGAGCGCAAACACUUUCACUGCACCUACUGCUGGAAGGCAUUUCCUGUACGGGCCCGACUCCGUGAUCAUGAGAGAUCACACACAGGGGAGAAGCCACACAAAUGUCCACUAUGUCCAAAGGCGUUCAGUCACCAGACAAACCUAAAAAAUCACUUGCGAGUGCAUUCAGGCGAGAGACCAUUUGCUUGCUCCAUGUGUGGCAAACGGUUUAGCCACCAGACAAACCUGCGUAACCACGAGCGAACCCACACAGGCAUCAAGCCCUACGUAUGUGGCCACUGCAACAAAGGUUUUGGGCACAUUACUAACCUGAAGAAUCAUCGCCGUGUGCACACGGGGGAGAAGCCGUUUGUGUGUGGACACUGUGGGAAAGCAUUUGGUCACCAGACAAACUUGAAAAACCAUCAAAAGACACAUACCAACCUGGAAAGUUCGAACCAACCCAGCGACUCAAUACUCUCUGCCUCCAACACUGUGGAGGAGUUGCAGAGGUUAUCAGCUGCAGCUGCUGGUGCCCUCUUGCAGUCGUCCAACACUGCUCUGCACACAGUCGAAGAGUUACAGCGGCUGUCGUCAAGCAAUGUGCAACUGCUUGAAGAUGCACAGAGGAUGUUACAGUCUGUGACAGCUGCUACUAAUGUCAGCUCCACAGCGGCACGCACAGUUGAAGAGCUACAGAAGCUGUCGUCUCUUACCUCAAACUCUCCCGAGCCAUUGUCAGACAGUUUGCAGACGUCCCUGGGGUCCUCGGGGACAACACAGUCCGCAACAACCUCAACAUCUCGGUUGCUGUGUGAUCAACAGAGGCUGUCACCAGCGUCUCGGCGGUUAAUCGAAGAGCAACAUAGGCUGUCUCAUUCAUCAGCCCGGCGUUCAGUCCAAGAAUUGCAAAGGCUUUCAUCCGAGACGUCUUCGGCAGCCAACCGUGCUGUGGAGGAGUUACAGAGGUUGUCCUCACAGUCGGCAAUACUCCGUAUGCAACCGUUAAACAAAGGAAGAGAUGCUGCUCGUCCAAAUUAA